AUGUCAACGCAAAUUGAGCGUUUAAAUUGUGCCGUAAAAAAUUAUGCUUGGGGCAAGUUGGGUGAAAAUUCAGAAGUUGCCCGACUUUAUGUUGAAGGCCAUGAGGAUGAAGAAAUUAAUAGUGAUACUCCAUAUGCAGAGCUGUGGAUUGGAACACAUCCUGAUGGUUAGAAAAAAAGAUUUUUCUUUUUUUGGGUAUAGGCAACCACAAUUUAGGGACAAAAUCGUAUUUAAAAACGUGAGGUAUCUAAAAGGGUCACCUCU